CCCUCAAUUUCACCUUCACAGCCACCACAAACAACCUCCCUCAUCUCUCUCCGGUAAUUAAUAUGAACCCCGCGGCGAUCCUCCGGCAAUCCUCGUCCUCGGCGGCGGAGGAGAUGAUGGAGAUGGAGACCAGGCCAUUCCUCUCCAAGUUCCUCAGCUAUCCUCCCGCCUCUGCUGCCAGCACCAGCCAGCGCCUCCGUGCCAAGCACCUCGGCUCUCCCUCGCCUGCGACUCCGAGUCCGAGCCGGCAGAACUCGUUCGGCCGGGAUAUAGGUCACGCGGCCAAGGAGACCUACCUGGUGACUAGCCUCAGCUUCACGCUUCUUCAAUACCUCGGGGUAGGCUACCGGUGGAUCACAAGGUUACUUGCUCCUUAUUGUUAUACAAUGUUACUAAUGCCUGGAUUUCUUCAAGUUGCAUAUUGUUAUUACUUUUCAAGCCAGGUGCGGCGUAGUAUUGUUUAUGGAGAUCAACCAAGAAAUAGGUUGGAUCUAUAUUUGCCGAAAAAUACUGAUGGGAAAAAGCCAGUUGUGGUGUUUGUAACUGGCGGAGCCUGGAUUAUUGGGUAUAAAGCAUGGGGUUCUCUUUUAGGUCUGCAGUUGGCUGAAAGAAACAUCAUAGUGGCAUGCAUUGAUUACAGAAAUUUUCCCCAGGGUACCAUUAGUGACAUGGUUGAAGAUGCUUCUAAUGGUAUAUCAUUUAUCUGCAACAAUAUAGCAGACUAUGGAGGUGACCCGGACAGAAUCUAUCUAAUGGGGCAAUCCGCUGGUGCACAUAUUUCCUCUUGUGCUCUUUUGGAGCAAGCUAUCAGAGAAUCUAAGAAGGAAGAGAUAAUUUAUUGGAGUGUCUCUCAGAUAAAGGCUUACUUUGGUUUAUCUGGCGGGUACAAUUUAUUUAAUUUAGUUGACCAUUUCGAUAGUCGUGGACUCUGUCGAUCCAUUUUCUUAAGCAUCAUGGAAGGUGAAGAAUCCUUGCAUCAAUUUUCUCCUGAAGUUAGAGUACAGGACCCAAGCAAUAAAGAUGCUAUUUCUAUCCUGCCUCCUAUCACUCUGUUCCAUGGAACUGCAGAUUAUUCGAUACCAUCAGAUGCCAGUAAAUUUUUUGUAAAUGUUCUUCAAAGGGUAGGAGCUCAAGCUGACUUGGUACUAUACGAUGGAAAGAACCAUACAGACUUGUUCCUUCAAGAUCCCUUAAGAGGUGGUAAAGAUGAUUUGUUUGACCAACUAGUUGCUGUAAUACAUGCCAAUGAUAUGGAAGCUCUUGAGCAAGAUGCUGCGGCACCCCCUAGAAGGCGCCUUGUUCCUGAGAUCUUGUUGAAAUUGGCAGGCAACAUCAGCCCCUUUUAGGCCUCACACUGUCAUUGUUUUUCAACACACUUUAGGUAGACAGAAAGCGGAGGGUUCUAGAUCUCUAGCAGUUUACGUUGGUGGCAAGGUUCAAUCAUUUUGGAUAGUGAUUAAGAUAAGGUGGUCAGGUUGCAAGUCACAGAUGAGUAGUGGCCUCAGAAUAUAAUCUGGAGAUUUAUACUUGUAAUCUGAUUUAUUCUUUGGCAUACUAAAGAAUAUUCACAUCUGUUCAUAUGAAUGUAUUAAAUAGUUAUACUUCUCGAUCAAUCAUUUCCAAAA